CCAAAACCAAAGUUCCGACUAGACCGAGGACCCUUUUUAUCCCAGCUGGACUACCAGUCGCGAUUGCAGUUCCAAGCACCAGCAUUAAAAAUCCCCCUCAGCGGCAUUAUUUGCACCAUUGGACCCUCGUCCAACAGACCUGAAGUCCUUUUACAGCUCAUUCGUGCUGGAAUGCGGGUGGUGCGGAUGAACUUCUCUCACGGCUCCCACGAUUACCAUUGCCAGACGAUCCAGGCGGCUCGUAAGGCCAUCUCUAUGUACGUGGAGCAAACAGGUCUCCCUAGAACCAUAGCCAUUGCUCUGGAUACCAAGGGUCCUGAAAUCAGAACGGGAAAACUUUCCGGAGGCAGUGACACCGCCGAAAUCGAACUCAUGCCCGGCGACAAGAUCACAUUGAGCACUAACAAGGAGCUGAACGAGAAUGGCACCAAGGAAAAGAUCUACGUAGACUAUCAGCAAUUACCGGCCAUCGUUAAGCCCGGAAAUCGGAUCUUUGUCGACGAUGGAUUGAUUGCCUUGGUGGUAAAGGAAUCCUCGGCGGACGAGGUUCUCUGCCAGGUAGAGAACGGUGGUAAACUCGGGUCCCACAAGGGAAUCAAUCUGCCUGGCAUUCCAGUUGAUCUUCCCGCCGUAACCGAACAGGAUAGGCUGGACCUCAAGUUCGGGGCCGAUCAGAGGGUGGACAUGAUCUUCGCGUCGUUCAUUCGCGAUGCCAAGGCUGUGAACGAAAUUCGCCAGGCACUGGGACCGUUGGGUGAACACAUCAAGAUCAUCUCCAAGAUCGAGAACCAACAGGGUCUGGCGAACAUCGAUGACAUUAUCCGUGCAUCCGAUGGCAUAAUGGUGGCCCGUGGCGAUCUGGGCAUUGAGAUUCCAACGGAGGAUGUGCCACUGGCCCAGAAGAUGAUCGUGGCCAAGUGCAACCAGGUGGGAAAGCCUGUGAUCUGUGCCACUCAGAUGAUGGAAUCAAUGACGACCAAGCCGCGGCCAUCGCGCGCCGAAACCUCGGAUGUGGCCAAUGCGAUCUUCGAUGGAUGUGAUGUCGUCAUGUUGUCUGGUGAAACUGCCAAGGGCAAGUAUCCUGUGGAAUGUGUACAGUGCAUGGCCAGGAUCUGUGCCAAGGCCGAGUCGGUUUUGUGGUAUGAGAGCGUUCAGAACAACCUGAAGAGGGACCUCCGGAAUAAAACCACCGAUCACAUUUCGGCGGUGUCCACGGCGAUUGCGGAGGCGGCCACGGUGGGUCAGGCUCAGGCCAUAGUGGUGGCCAGUCCGUGCUCCAUGGUGGCCCAGAUGAUCAGUCGCAUGAGGCCACCGUGUCCCAUUGUGAUGCUCACUGGCUGCCAAUCGGAGGCGGCUCAAUCCUUGCUCUUCCGAGGCAUUUACCCACUCCUCGUGGAGGAUAUGGUUAGCGGUAGCCUGAACUUUCGACGCAUAAUGCAGUCGGGUCUUAAGUUAAUGACCAAAAUGGACAUCCUGGAGCCAGGGCAAAAGGGAACGGUUAUGGUAGCCAAUGCCAUGGCAGCGGAGAAGAUCACCUUCCGGUUGAUCACCAUCCGGCAGCCGACUACCGCUGAGCGAGAUCAGGAGGAGCGCUGCAGGAAAUUGGCCCUCCAACAGCGUUGCAAGGAAUUGGCUCAAAAGAAAUCCUGCCAAAAACUCCAGCAGGAGGAAGAGUGCCGAAAAAAGCUCGAAGAGAAAGAAUGCCGAAAAAAGCUCGAGGAGGAAGAGUGUCGAAGAAAGCGAGAGGCGGAGAAGUGCAAACUGGCCGAAGAGUGCACGAAAUCCGAAGAAAUGCUAAGUGUCUGCUCGAAGAAAGAAUGUCCUACAAAAGACGAUGAAGCCUCGAAAUGCUUACAGUUGAUGAAAGAAAGACAAGCAGAAGCUGAAAAGAAACGGUGCGAAGAAUUCAAAAAGGAGGAAGAUUUCAUGAAAAAAUGCGAAGCGGAAAUGUGUAAGCAACUCAAAAAAUGUAUGAUGUCCAAAGAAAAGCCAAGGGUCUGUCCGAAGAAAAAAUGUCCAAAAGAGGAUGCUGAAAAGAAAUUUAGAGAAGAAUCUGAAAUGUCCUUCGAAGUGAAAGUCGAAAACUGCAAGACUGGGAAACUAGAAAAAUUCAAGAGAUUAAAACUCGAAAACUGCAAGCAGCCGUGCCAAACAAAGAAAAAUUCUGAACCGGCUACAAAGGUGUGUAGGUGUAUGUCGCAAGUAUGAAGAUACAAUUGUUUUUAUGUCAAGGAUAGAACUAUUGCCGUAAGAACGUUCUCUAUUGAUUUAUCAACAGUUUAUAAAGGCGUGUUCAAAACAUUAAUCAUA